AUGUAUGUCUCUGUAUUCAAAUUGAACGAACGAAAAAACAACGCAAAACAGAUUGCAGUCUUGAAACAAGAAAUCGACGGACUCGGGGCGACGAACCAGGCGAAACAGCUCGCGAAGCAAGCCGCGGAGAAAAAUGCCAUGGUGAACAAACUCAUCUCGACGGUUCGAGGCAAAGCGUUGCAAAGCAAAACAGAACGCUUGAAUUCGACGAAGGGGAAAUUGACGAAAGCGGAGGAUACUUUGGAGGCGAAGGAAGAGCAGAUUGCGGAGAACGAAGAGCAGAUCGCGUCUUUGAAGAGUGAGGUGCAAGACAUGGCGCAAGAAAUCGAAACGCUGGUGAAGGAGAUGGAGAAGUUGAAUAAAUUGAGGGUGGAGGAGAUUCAAAAGACGUACGACUCGUACAUCGGGUACUUGAACACGGAGAAGAAAUCGAGAGAGCAAGAAGUGAAGGAGGCGCAAGUGGCGUUGGAUAAGGAGAUGCAAGCGUUGGAACAAACGACGAGAAAGUUGGAACAAACGGUGGCGGAUAAGUCCAAACAUCAGGCUUUGGAUAACGGAGAGGAUGUUUCCGUUUCAGAUGCAGGAGAAUUCCAAGCGCCGGGAGAAGAAGAUGAGGAAUUGGACGAAUAA